CUCAACACCACCUGGAAGGCCGCCCCCACCAGGCGUUUCGGGAAGUUGUCAGAGGCGCGCCUCCAGCUGGGUGUCUAUCCGAAUCCGCACGGCAACAACCUGCUUCCCCGGAUGUGUCACGCGGUCGGUGGUGAAGAUCCCCUGCCGGAGGAAUUCGAUGCGCGAACACAGUGGCCAAACUGCCCCACCAUCGGCGAGAUCCGGGAUCAAGGCAGCUGUGGAUCCUGUUGGGCAUUUGGCGCCGUGGAGGCCAUUUCAGACCGCAUCUGCAUUCAUUCCAAGGGGAAGGAGGUGGUAAGAAUUAGUGCCGACGACCUUGUCUCCUGUUGUCAUACCUGCGGCAGUGGCUGCAAUGGCGGCUGGCCCGCUGCAGCCUGGAAGUACUGGGUGAAGGAGGGUCUCGUAACUGGUGGCCUCUAUGGUGACAACACCACCUGCCGACCCUACGAGAUUCCACCCUGUGAACACCAUACUGAGGGUGAUCUACCUCCCUGCACCGGUGAUGCUGAGACUCCCGCUUGCAAUAAGAAGUGCCAGGAGGGCUAUCCGACACCGUACGCAAAGGAUAAGCACUAUGGGCUAAAAUCCUAUACUAUUCAUGGACACGAGGAUCAAAUAAAGAAGGAAAUAAUGACAAACGGACCAGUGGAGGCGGAUUUUGAGGUCUAUGCUGAUUUCCUGAACUACAAAUCAGGUGUCUACAAGUACACAACCGGCAGCAUGCUCGGUGGUCACGCCAUCCGUCUUCUCGGCUGGGGUGUUGAAAAUGGCACGCCAUAUUGGCUGGCAGCCAAUUCCUGGAAUAGUGACUGGGGAGACAAGGGUUACUUCAAGAUCCUCCGUGGCCACAACGAAUGUGGUAUUGAGAGUGACAUUGUCGGAGGACUUCCAAAGUACGGUUAA